GCGGACGCGGCGGGCGGGCGAGCGGCGGACGGAGCGGGCGUCCUGAGGAGUCCAGAUCUUACAUAAAAUGGAUGCUUCUCACACUGUUACUGAACAUUAAAGAGAUAAUCUAAUCAGUAAAGUUCAGGCUGCCAUGGAAGAAAUACCAGUAAAAGUUGCUGUACGAAUUAGACCUCUGCUUUGCAAAGAAGUUCUUCAUAAUCAUCAAGUGUGUGUGAGGGACGUGCCCAACACCCAGCAGAUUAUCAUUGGGAGAGAUAGAGUUUUUACUUUUGAUUUUGUUUUUGGCAAAAAUUCCACCCAAGAUGAAGUUUAUAAUACAUGCAUAAAGCCCCUGGUGUUGUCACUCAUCGAGGGCUAUAAUGCAACGGUGUUUGCGUACGGACAGACUGGAUCUGGGAAGACGUACACCAUUGGAGGAGGCCAUGUUGCAUCAGUUGUGGAGGGUCAAAAGGGUAUCAUUCCUCGAGCUAUCCAAGAAAUAUUUCAGAGCAUCUCUGAAAAUCCUAGCAUUGACUUUAAAAUCAAAGUGUCAUAUAUAGAAGUGUAUAAGGAAGACCUAAGAGAUCUUCUAGAGCUGGAGACUUCUAUGAAGGGCCUUCACAUCCGAGAAGAUGAGAAGGGAAACACAGUGAUUGUUGGGGCCAAGGAAUGCCAAGUAGAGAGCGCGGAUGAAGUGAUGAGUCUGCUGGAGGUAGGGAAUGCGGCCAGGCACACAAGUACCACCCAGAUGAACCAGCACUCCAGUAGGUCACAUGCCAUUUUCACAAUAAGUGUUUGCCAAGUCGAGAAAAGUACAGAGGCAGCUGAAGGUGGAGAGUGGUAUUCACGUCGGCAUAUUGUCUCCAAAUUCCAUUUUGUGGAUUUGGCUGGAUCAGAAAGAGUGACCAAAACUGGGAAUACUGGUGAGCGAUUCAAAGAGUCCAUUCAGAUCAACAGUGGGCUGCUUGCUUUAGGAAACGUCAUAAGUGCCCUUGGGGACCCGCGCAGGAAGAGCUCUCAUAUUCCAUACAGGGAUGCUAAAAUUACCCGGCUUCUGAAAGAUUCCCUGGGAGGCAGUGCCAAGACUGUCAUGAUCACGUGUGUCAGCCCAUCCUCCUCAGAUUUUGAUGAGUCCUUAAAUUCUCUCAAAUAUGCCAACAGAGCACGGAACAUUAGAAACAAGCCUACUUUAAACUUCAGCCCUGAUUCAGACCGAAUGGAUGAGAUGGAAUUUGAGAUUAAGUUGCUUCGAGAAGCUUUGCAGAGCCAUCAGGCCAGUAUCAGCCAGACUAGCCAGACCCCUUCAGAGGUUGUGCCUGACCAGAAUCGGAUCCAGUCUCUGGAGGAGCAGGUGGCUCAGCUGCAGGAGGAAUGUCUGGGUUACCAGGACUGCAUAGAGCAAGCGUUCACCUUCCUAGUAGACUUAAAAGAUGCAGUCAGGCUAAACCAGAAACAGCACCACAAGCUACAGGAGUGGUUUAGCAGGACUCAGGAAGUCAGGAAGGCUGCCCUCUCCCCAUUCCCAGGAAACCAGGGCACUGGGAACCUGGAAGAAGGAACCCAGCAUGUGACAGUUCUCCAGCUGAAGAGAGAGCUUAAGAAAUACCAGUGUGCUCUGGCUGCCGAUCAAGUGGCAUUCACACAGAAGGAGAUGGAGAUGGAGGAGCUAAGGAAUCAAGUGCAGCUGAUGGUGCAGGAGAACAAAGAACAUGCUGUAUCUUUGAAAGAAGCACAGAAAGUGAAUAGGUUGCAGAACGAAAAGAUACUACAACAGCAACUUCUUGUGGACCAGCUGAGUGGAGAAUUGGCAAAGUUUAACUUGUCGAUGACAUCUUCAGUUAAGGAAAGUUGUGGAGAUGGUCCUGAUACCAGGAUCUCUGAAAAGAGACCACACACAGUACCAUUUGAUAAUCACUGGGGACACUAUGUCUAUAUCCCAUCAAGACAGGAUUUCAAGCAGGUCUACUCAAGUCCUCCUGUAUACUCUCUGGAUCAAGUAUUCGCUGGGUUCCGAACGCGAAGUCACAUGCUGAUGGGUCACUUAGAAGAGCAAGAUGAAGUUCUGCACUGCCAGUUUUCUGACAACAGUGAUGACGAAGAAUCAGAGGGCCAGGAGAAAUCUAGAAUUAGAUCUAGAAGUCACUCGUGGGUCAAAAAGCCAGGCUCUGUUUGCUCUCUUGUUGAACUGAGUGAUACUCCGGAUGAAGUGCAGCGGUCCUAUCUGGGGAAUGGAGAUUUGAAGAUGGAAUCUCUCCAGGAGAGUCAAGAGUUAAAUUUUCAAAAACUAAGGACUUCAGAACUCAUACUUAACAAAGCUAAACAGAAAAUGAGAGAGCUUACGAUUAACAUCAGGAUGAAAGAAGAUCUGAUCAAAGAGUUAAUCAAAACAGGUAACAAUGCCAAGUGUGUGAGCAGACAGUACUCUUUGAAGGUAACAAAACUGGAGCAUGAAGCUGAGCGGGCAAGAGUGGAGGUCACUGAAACCCAGAAGCAGCUACAGGAACUGGAAAGCAGAGACCUUUCUGAUGUUGCUCUGAAGGUAAAAUUACAGAGAGAGUUCCGUAAAAAGAUGGAUGCUGCAAAGCUGAGAGUCCAGGUCUUACAGAAGAAGCAGCAAGAUAGUAAGAAGUUGGCGUCACUGUCCAUCCAAAAUGAGAAGCGUGCCAGCGAGCUGGAGCAGAACGUGGAUCACUUGAAAUACCAGAAAGUGCAGCUGCAGCGGAGGCUCCGAGAAGAGAGCGAAAAGAAGAAGCAACUGGAUGCAGAGAUUAAGAGAGACCAACAAAAAAUCAAAGAGCUGCAACUAAAAACAGGACAAGGAGACGGUCUGAACCCAAAAGCUCAGGACAUCGAUGGGUUUAAUUCAAACAGAAGAAAAGGUCCUUUUAGAAGUGUGGACCAACUCCAGAAAUUGGAUGAACAAAAGAAAUGGUUGGAUGAAGAAGUAGAGAAAGUUCUGAACCAGCGCCAAGAACUGCAGCUGCUGGAAGAAGACCUGAAGAAACGUGAAGCCAUCAUCUCUAAGAAGGAAGCCCUGCUGAAGGAGAAGAGCCACCUGGAGAGCAAGAAGCUUCGAUCUAGCCAGGCCUUAAGCACAGAUAGUCUGAAAAUAUCCGCUCGCCUGAACUUUUUGGACCAAGAGUUGUCACAGAAAAGUUUGCAGCUCGAGAGCAGCACAACUGAGGAGAAAAUAAAGAUUUCAGAACAAGUACAAGCUCUUCAGAAGGAAAAGGACCAGCUUCAGAGACAGAGAAACAGUGUGGAUGAAAAGCUUAAGAAUGGUAGAGUGCUGUCCCCCAAAGAAGAACAUCUUCUUUUCCAACUUGAAGAAGGCAUCGAAGCUCUGGAAGCUGCGAUUGAGUUCAAGAAUGAAAGCAUCCAGAGUCGCCAAAGCUCCCUCAGAGCAUCACUGCAGAGCCUCUCUCAGAGUGAAGCAAAUAUUGUGGAAAAGCUAGUUUGCCUGAAUCUUGCUGAGAUUAGAGCUAUUCUUUUCAAGUAUUUCAAUAAGGUGAUUAAUUUGCGAGAAGCUGAACGCAAGCAACAGUUGCAGAAUAAAGAGAUGAAAAUGAAGGUUCUAGAACGGGAUAAUGUAGUCCGUGAAUUAGAGUCUGCACUGGAGCAUCUUCGACUGCAAUGUGACCGGAGACUGACCCUCCAGCAAAAGGAGCACGAACAGAAGAUGCAGUUGUUGCUACAGCAUUUCAAAGAACAAGAUGGAGAAGGCAUUAUAGAAACCUUAAAAAAAUACGAAGAUAAAAUCCAGCAGCUAGAGAAAGAUCUUUACUUCUAUAAGAAAACCAGCAGAGAUCUUAAGAAGAAACUGAAAGACCCCACGCGAGGAGCAUCACCAUGGCAGCUCACAUUAGCAGAGCACUGUGAUGCUGGAGAUGGUGCUCUGGAUCCAGAAGAGGUGGCUGCACUUCCUGAAGAACUAAAGUGGGCAUCCAGAACCGAAAAUACAAAGUUCAAUGGAGGAGAAAGACAAGUAGACAAUUCUUCAAGCAGCUUAAAAACCCAGCCCCUGCCCCAGAUGACUCUGGAAGGUGGCACAGACACACUUGCAGUCUAUGGCUCGGUAGCACCCUCCAGUGGCCAGCUGUUGAGCAAUGCUGAUAACCCAGAGCCCCAUCCCUUCACACAGUCUCAGAGUCUACCACCAUCCCAGUUUCAGCUCUUGAGGAAUAUGGGGCAGCUAGGUGUCAAGCCUGUCAAACUGUGUCGCAGAGAAUUACGCCAGAUUUCUGCUGUGGAGCUGUCAUUACGUCGCUCCAGUCUUGGAGCUGGAGUCCGAUCAGUGACUGCUGGUUCCCUUGAAGUAUCUGAGGAAGCCUAAUGACUUCAAAGCAUAGGCGUUGAACAAUAAAACUCUUAAUUUAGUAAGUAUGUGAAAAGAUCCUUUCUUCUAACUGACAAAAUUAAAACUCAGGGUCACUAGCUCCUUCCUGGGAUACAGGAAAGGGAGGUUGAUACCCUUGUGUACUAUAGUGUAUUUUAGGGUUUAAUAUUUCAUAAAUGCAUUUUUGAAUGCUUCAUAUAUUGAAUGAUAUCUACCUAUAGGUGUACGUAAGUUCUUUUCCAGGAAUAUUUGCUUUAUUUUUCAGAUAAAUUUGAAGAACAAAAUUAAGACUAAAAGACCCUUCAAAUGUAUAUUAUUCUAUAAUAUAAAGGCAUAUUGUAGAAGUGCAUUAUAACCCUGAGUAUUUGAAUGUUAAAGUGUAAGUAUGUUGCUACCCCAAUUGUGCCAGUUACCUCCCUUCUGUGUGUGUUUUGGUAUGAUGAAAAUGUUUGCCGGAAGUGAGCCUGUGGGCCGAGGUACAGUACAGUAGUUAGGAUUCACAAAGACAGCGUGCCAGCCUUAACUCUAACGUGCUAUCUUUCGUUUUUAUAGUUAUUUUUAUAUUCUUUGUUUAAUAAUACAAUACAAUGUAGAUGUUCACCUUUAUCCUGCCAAUGCUUUCUGCAUCACCUCUCAUACAGUGCCAGCAUUGUGAGACAUGUCUGCAACUUCCUGGAAUAGGGAAACUGAUCAUACCAUAACACUAAUGCCUGCAUCACCCUGGAAAGGGAAAUGAUCACAGAGUAGCACAGGCCUUCGUCAUUCUAAGGAAAGAAGUAGCGUGUGAGCAGAGUGGCUGUGUGGAGUGCGUGGGUAGCGCAUCUGUCCGAUAGGGUGAAAGCUGAGACCUGACCACCUCAGCUUUCCAGCUUCACAGGCUCAAGGGCAUUGGGGUGUAAAUAUGUACAUGAAAUCUUACUCAAUUUUCUCCUGGCAACAUCUCAUUGUAAUGUCCUCAGUAUUGUUUUGUCUUUUGUUUUAUACUUUCAUGUGUAAACCAAAGCUGGUUUUUGGACUAUUUAGAGCCAGCAGUAAAAGUACCUCACAGAUGCUCACUCAGCUCCCACUGAGUUCUCUCCAUACUUCCUAAGUCUAUUGUUAAAGCAUGUCGAUGACGUCUAUGUCUGCACACACCCACACAUGCACACACACACACACACACACACACACACACACACACACUAUAUCCUAAGUCUCAUGGCAAAGCACCAGUGCCUUCCACAAAAAUAACAGUUAUAUGUUAAGCUAUGUAUGGUGCCUCACGCCUUUCAUCACAGCAUCUGGAGGCAGAGGCUGCUCUACAUAGUGACCUCUAGGACAACAGGACUACAUAGAGAGACCCUGUCUCCAAAAAAUUAUAUAUUUAUCUUUUUACUAAUGAAGGUCCUAAUUGUAAUUCAUACAAGAAUGUGUUUUCAUACUAGAAUCCUUCUUGCCGAAGAAAUUAAAACAUUUAUUUUACCUGUUGAAAUAAAACUUUUAUUUAUUUUUUA